AUGGGAUAUGAAAAACACAAUGAUGAAUUGAUUCUUAAAGGAAGUGGAGGUCAAGCACCUCCUCCUCCUCCUGUUGCUGAACCCCAUGCUUGGUUCAAUCCAUUUUAUCAGCAGUUUACCAGUUUUAGUCAAAACAUGCAAAUCGAACUUCACUCUCUUCAAACCAACUUCUCUUCUUUUCAAGCAAAUUAUUCCUCACUUGAUAAACAUGUUUGUCGCAUUGAAAAACACCUUGUUAGUUCAUCUCGUCCUUCAAAUCCUAUGGAUAUUAGUUCAGCUUCUUCGAGUAAUGAUGGAAGUGAUGAAGAGGAUUCUCAAGAUGGCAACAAUGAUGAUGAGGCAAACACCGAAGAAGAAUAUGAGGAAGGUGAAGCUAAUGAAUCAGGCGAAGAAGAAGAAGAAGAAGAUGAAGAUGAAGAUGAAGAUGAAGCUGAUGAUAAUCGAUUUCCUUGA